AUGUCUCAGUCUGCAGAGAAAGGGAAGGUGAGUGUACCCCUAAUUCUUUAGUACGCACACGCCCUAACCCAGGCACUCAGAGAGGACAUCCUGUAUAAACAGCUGUUUCAUCAGCAGCUUUAUUGCUUUUAGGAUUUUCUCCUCCAUUUAAUCUCAAUUUACACCAGCCAUCUAAAGGCUGGAGAUGAAGAAUGUCAGGGAGGAGAGCGAUAUAUUGUCACAUGCUUCGUAAAAAACGGGUGUAGACUAACAGUGAAACGCUUACUUACAGGGCCUUUCCCAAAAAUGCAUAGAGAGAAAACAAAUAAAUUAUAGAAAAUGUAUGACACAAGGAAUAAAUACACAAUGAGUAAUGAUAACUUGGCUAUAUACACGGGGGUACCAGUACCGAGUUGAUGUGCAGGGGUACAAGGUAAUUGAGGUAGAUAUGUACAUACAGGUAGGGAUAAAGUGACUAGGAAACAGGAUGGACAAUAAACAGUAACAGCAGCGCAUCUGAUGAGCCAAAAGAGUUAGUGCAAAAAAGGGUAAAUGCAGAUAGUCUGGGUAGUUAUAGGUUUACUAUUUAACUAUUUAGCAGUCUUAUGGCUUGGUGGUAGAAGCUGUUCAGGGUCCUGUUGGUUCCAGACUUGGUGCAUCGGUACCACUUGCCGUGAGGUAGCAGAGAGAACAGUCUAUGACGUGGGUGGCUGGAGUCUUUGACAAUUUUUAGGGCCUUCCUCUGACACCACCUGGUAUAGAGGUCCUGGAUGGCAGGGAGCUCGGCCCCGGUGAUGUACUGGGCUGUACGCACCACCCUCUAGAGCCUUGCGGUCGGAUGCCAAGCAGUUGCCAUACCAAGCGGUGAUGCAGCCAGUCAAGGUGCUCUCAAUGGUGCAGCUGUAGAACGUUUUGAGGAUCUGAGGGCCCAUGCCAAAUCUUUUCUGCAUCCUGAGGGGGAAGAGGCGUUAUCGUGCCCUCUUCACAACUGUGUUGGUGUGUGGACCAUGAUAAUUCCUUAGUGAUGUGGACACCAAGGAACUUGAAGCUCUCGCCCUGCUCCACUACAGCGCUGUCGAUGUGGAUGGGGGCCAUUUCCUGUAGUCCAUGAUCAGCUCCUUUGUCUUGCUGAUGUUGAGGGAAAGGUUGUUGUCAUGGCACCACGCUGCCAAGUCUCUGACCUCCUCCCUGUAGGCCGUCAGUGAUCAGGCCUACCACCGUCAUAUCGUCUGCAAACCUAAUGAUGGUGUUGGAGUUGUGUGCGGCCACGCAGUCGUGGGUGAUGUGGGAUUACAGGAGGGGACAAGGCACGCAACCCUGAGGGGCCCCCGUGUUAAGGGUUAGCGUGACGGAUGUGUGGUUGCCUACCCUCACCACCUGGGGGUAGCCAGUCAGGAAGUCCAGGAUUCAGUUGCAGAGAGAGGUGUUUCAUCUCAGGGUCCUUAGUUUAAUGAUGAGCUUGGAGGGCACUAUGGUGUUGAACGCUGAGCUGUAGUCAAUGAACAGCAUUCUCACGUAGGUGUUCCUUUUGUCCAGGUGGUACAAUAGAGAUUGCAUCGUCUGUGGUUCUGUUGGGGCAGUAUGCGAAUUGGUGUGGGUCCAUUUGUGUGGGAUGACGGUGUUGAUGUGAUCCAUGACCAGCCUUUCAAAGCAUUUCAUGGCUACAGAUGUGAGUGCUACAGUGCGAUAGUCAUUUAGAAAGGUUACUUUGGCAUUCUUGGGCACAGGGAAUAGGGUGGUCUGCUUGAAACAUCUAGGUAUUACAGACUGGGUCAGGGAGAGGUUGAACAUGUCAGUGAAGACACUUGCCAGCUGGUCAGUGCACGUCCUGGUAAUCUGUCUGUGAAUGUUAACCUUUUUAUAGGUCUUACUCACAUCAGCUACGGAGAGCUUGAUCACGCAGUUGUCCGGACCAGCUGGUGCUCUCAUGCAUGGUUUAGCAAGCAUAGAAGAUAUUUAGCUCGUCUGGUAGAUUUGCAUCACUGGACGACUCGCAGCUGGGUUUCCCUCUGUAAUCCGUGAUAGUUUACAAGCCCUGCCACAUCCGACAAUGCGUCAGAGCUGGUGUAGUAGGAUUCGAUCUUGGUCCAGUAUUGACGCUUUGCCUGUUUGAUGAUUUGUUGGAGCGUGUAGCAGGAUUUCUUAUAACCGUCCGGAUUAGUGUCCCGCUCCUUGAAAGCAGCAGCUCUAGCCUAGAUGUUGCCUGUAAUCCAUGGCUUCUGGUUGGGAUAUUUACGUACAGUCACUGUGUGGACGUCGUCAUCGAUGCACUUAUUAAUGAAGCCGGUGACUGAUGUGGUAAAGUCCUCCAUGCCAUCGGAUGAAUCCCGGAACAUAUUCCAGUCUGCGCUAGCGAAACAGUCCUGUAGCUUAGCAUCAGUUUCAUCGGACCGCUUCCGUAUUGAGCGUGUCACUGGUACUUCCUGUUUGAGUUUUUGCUUGUAAGCAGGAAUCAAGAGAAUUAAGUUAUGGUCAGAUUUGCCAAAUGGAGGGCGAGGGAGAGCAUUUUAUGUGUCUCUGUGUGUGGAGUAAAGGUGAUCUAGAGUUUUUUUGCCUCUAGUUGCACAGGCGACAAGCUGGUAGAAAUGAGGUAAAAUUGAUUUCUAGGAGUGCCGCCUCUGGGUGAUGGUUUUCUUGUUUGCUUAUGGCCCUAUACAGCUCGUUGAGUGCGGUCUUAGUGCGAUCAUCGGUUUGUGCUGGUAAAUAUAGAUAAACUCUCUUGGUAAGUAGUAUGGUCUACGUAUAGAAAAACCAGCUAGAUUUAUAUUUACCAUGUCCUUGUUCAGCCACGACUCUGAGAAACAUCGGAUAUUACAGUUCUUCAGAUCACGUUGAUAGGAUAGUCUUGAACGGAGCUCAUCCAGUUUAUUCUCCAGUGAUUGCACGUUUGCCAAUAGAACGGAGGGUAGAAGCGUCUUAUCAGGUAUCCCGCACGCCGGCCUCUAUAGCGCCGUCUCCUCCUCCUUCGAGGUUGGGGAUUUGGGCCUGGUCUGGGAUAAUAAAUGUAUUUCGCUUCCUACUCAUUGAAGUAGAAGUCCUCGUCCAAAUUGAGGUUAGUGAUAGCUGUUCUGAUGUCCAGAAGCUCUUUUCGGUCAUAGGAAACGAUGGCGGCAACAUUAUGUACAAAAAAAUACUAAAAGAAACAAUUUGUCAGUAGCCUGCAAAACGGACGCUAUUCCCUCCAGCGCCAUUCUACUACACAGAGUGGGAGGGAAGCGAAACAAUUUAAGACACUUCUUCCAAUGCAAAUCCUACUGAGUUAUAAUGCAUUAUCGUUAUAACCAUGUGUUUGUCAGUUCCCCGAGGCGGCAGGAUAUGUGGGUUUUGCCAACCUACCCAACCAGGUGCACAGGAAGUCAGUGAAGAAGGGAUUUGAGUUCACCCUCAUGGUUGUUGGUGAGUAUGACCUAUUCUACAACUAUGUCGAUUCAAUUCAGGAGAAUUCAAGAGAAGCUCACCUACACAGUAGUUAUUUUGUGCCAGAAUGCUGUUGUAUAGUUGAGGGCUGUGUCCAAGAUGGCAUCGUAUUCCCUAUAUAGUGCACUACUUUUGACCAGAGCCCUAGGCCCUGGUCAAAAGUAGUGCACAAUAUACGGAAUAGGGUGCCAUUUGGGACGCAACCUUGUAGAUGUAUAGAUCCUAGAAUGAUCAGGCCCGGUCCGUAUUUCUGCAGGAGAGUCUGGUUUGGGCAAGUCUACGCUGAUCAACAGCCUGUUUCUGACAGACCUCUACCCAGAGCGAUACAUCCCUGGGGCCGCAGGUACACUCACACUCACUCACUAAUAAUGGAGAAAUGUCUGUUCUGCUGUCUCCGGUAUAGUAUUGCCUGGAGUGGAAUGUUAAGAAUUAUCGUUUGUAUUAGUCUUUCAAAGGCCCAUCCCCUCCUCAUGACUUAGAUUAUUGGCCAGUCUGUAAAACAACCUCCAGCUCCUACCGCUUUUGUGUUUGUAGUUCUGAAGGGAUGGGAUAGGUGUAAGCAGUAUUGUAAUGGCUUCAGCAUUGGGCAAUAUUGAUCGUACAAAAAAAACACGAUUUGAAAUCAUGUGAAAACUUGUUUUUGGAACACUUACGUUUUCACGUGUAGUUUCAUGUUAUCACAUGUUGCUUUACAUGUUGUCACAUGUUAUGUUAUAACUUCACAUAAGAUCAUAUGUGAUCACAUGAAAACUUGUGUUUUUGGAACACUUUUUACAUGUUCACAUGUGAAAUUCAUGUGUUUUUUUUUUUUUUUCCAUAAGGGUGCUUACACCUGUCCAGCUGCUUAAGAUCUGCAGAAGGGGUUAGGGGCUGCCUGGGUUUGUUUUCAACUUGGAUAUUUUUUCCAGAGGCUUGGCUUAGGCAGGCUUUAGAGUCACAAGGAACAGAAGCUUUGAUCUGAAAAGUAAUGAAACUACUUAAUUAUAAUGCUGUGUCCCCCGGGAUCCCUCUAAGCUUAACCUAGUGUGUUACACCCAACUAAAUAUUAUUUAUUUUGUCUCUCCCUCUGUAGAGAAGAUCGAGCGGACGGUGCAGAUAGAAGCCAGUACGGUGGAGAUUGAGGAGAGGGGUGUGAAACUCCGCCUUACUGUGGUCGACACCCCCGGAUAUGGAGACGCCAUCAACAGCCAGGACUGGUGGGUGGAUGGGGGGGGGGGGAGUCAACUUGUUUGCCCUCCUGUACUCCCAUCCCCUUUUACUCUUUCUCUCAAAUUUCCUCUCACCUUCCUCCUCCACCCUCUCUUUCCUACCUCUCCUUCCCAAUCUUUCAUUCGCCCUUUCGCCAUUUCCUCAGCCUCCUCCCCUUUGUCUGUUUGUGUGUGUGUGUGCAGGGUUUGUUCUGGAUCAAAAAGGCGCUUAGGUGGUGGGCGUGGCAAUGGGUGCGGACGUUGUGUCAGUGCUGCUGAAUUUAAAGGCCCUGUGCAGUCAGAAACGUGAUUUUUCUGUGUUUUAUAUACAUUUCCACACUAUGAGGUUGGAAUAAUACUGUGAAAUUGUGAAAAUUAUGAUAAUACCCUUUUAGUGUAAGAGCUGUUUGAAAAGACUGCCUGAAAUUUCAGCCUGCUUUGGUGGGAUGGAGUUUUGGCCUGCCUGAUGACAUCACCAGGCAGUAAUUAGUUAAUAGACCAAUAAGAAAGAGAGUACAUUUCUGCCAAUAACAGCUAGUUUUCAGUUUUCUCCUCCCCACUCAGACCACUCCCAGACAGUCAUAGCCAAAUUCUUGCUUGAGAAAUUGCUCUUCCUAAGAAGACAUUUUGGUUUCUUUUUGAAAACAAUCAAAGUAAGGUGCUUUGUUACCCAGAAAUGAUUUGAUAUCGAGAAAAAUAGUGUGCAAAGCUGUCAGCAAGGCAAAGGGUGGGUAUUUAAAAUAUAUUUUGAUUUGUUUAACACUUUUCUGGUUACUACAUGAUUCCAUAUGUGUUAUUUCAUAGUUUUGAUGUCUUCACUAUUAUUCUACAAUGUAGAAAAUAGUACAAAUAAAGAAAAACCCUUGAAUGAGUAGGUGUGUCCAAACAACAAUAACAGCACUUACAGUUGACUGGGGCAGCUCUAGCAGGGCAGACAUUUGACUAACUGACUUAUUGGAAAGCUGGCAUCCUAUAACGGUGCCUUGUUGAAAGUCACUGAGCUCUUCAGUAAGGACAUUCUACUGCCAAUGUUUGUCUAAGUUGAAUGCACCAAUUUGUAAGUCGCUCUGGAUAAGAGCGUCUGCUAAAUGACUUAAAUGUAAAUAUGGAGAUUGCAUGGCUGUGUGCUUCAUUUUAUACACCUGUCAGCAACGGGUGUGGCUGAAAUAGCUGAAUCCACUAAUUUGAAGGGGUGUCCACAUACUUUUGUAUAUUUAGUGUAUUUUUCUACCCAUCCCCUGAUCUGUGCCUUUCCACAACAUUGUCCCGGAGUUCUUUUGAAAGCUCCUUGGUGCCCAUGGUUGAGUGUUUGCUUUGCAAUUCACUACCAAGCAUAGGGAAGCUACAGGAACGGCUGAAUUUAUCCUAAAAUCAUGGCCAAUUUACUUGGUGUGUGAUUUUGAAGGUGAUUGGUUACACCUGAGAUAAUUUUGGAUUGCUAUUAUAAGGGGGUGGGGAGGGGGGGUGGCGGCCCGCUGAAGGAUUUCAAUGGCAGAAAAAUCCCUGUGUGUGUAUUGGUAUACAGUGAGGGAAAAACGUAUUUAAUCCCCUGCUGAUUUUGUACGUUUGCCCACUGACAAAGAAAUUAUUAGACUAUAAUUUUAAUGGUAGGUUUAUUUGAACAGUGAGACAGAAUAACAAAAAAAAAAUCCAGAAAAACGCAUGUCAAAAAUGUUAUAAAUUGAUUUGCAUUUUAAUGAGGGAAAUAAGUAUUUGACCCCCUCUCAAUCAGAAAGAUUUCUGGCUCCCAUGUGUCUUUUAUACAGGUAACAAUCUGAGAUUAGGAGCACACUCUUAAAGGGAGUGCUCCUAAUCUCAGCUUGUUACCUGUAUAAAAGACACCUGUCCACAGAAGCAAUCAAUCAAUCAGAUUCCAAACUCUCCACCAUGGCCAAGACCAAAGAGCUUGCCAAGGAUGUCAGGGACAAGAUUGUAGACCUACACAAGGCUGGAAUGGGCUACAAGACCAUCGGCAAGCAGCUUGGUGAGAAGGUGACAACAGUUGGUGCGAUUAUUCGCAAAUGGAAGAAACACAAAAGCACUGUCAAUCUCCCUCGACCUGGGGCUCCAUGCAAGAUCUCACCUCGUGGAAUUGCAAUGAUCAUGAGAACGGUGAGGAAUCAGCCCAGAACUACACAGGAGGAUCUUGUCAAUGAUCUCAAGGCAGCUGGGCCCAUAGUCACCAAGAAAACAAUUGGUAACACACUACGCCGUGAAGGACUAAAAUCCUGCAGCGCCCGCAAGGUCCCCCUGCUCAAAAAAGCACAUAUACAGGCCCGUCUGAAGUUUGCCAAUGAACAUCUGAAUGAUUCAGAGGAGAAUUGGGUGAAAGUGUGGUGGUCAGAUGAGACCAAAAUCGAGCUCUUUGGCAUCAACUCAACUCGCCGUGUUUGGAGGAGGAGGAAUGCUGCCUAUGACCCCAAGAACACCAUCCCCACCAUCAAACAUGGAGGUAGAAACAUUAUGCUUUGGGGGUGUUUUUCUGCUAAGGGGACCGGACAACUUCACCGCAUCAAAGGGACGAUGGACGGGGCCAUGUACCGUCAAAUCUUGGGUGAGAACCUCCUUCCCUCAGCCAGGGCAUUGAAAAUGGGUUGUGGAUGGGUAUUCCAGCAUGACAAUGACCCAAAACACAUGGCCAAAGCAACAAAGGAGUGGCUCAAGAAGAAGCACAUUAAGGUCCUGGAGUGGCCUAGCCAGUCUCCAGACCUUAAUCCCAUAGAAAAUCUGUGGAGGGAGCUGAAGGUUCGAGUUGCCAAAUGUCAGGCUCAAAACCUUAAUGACUUGGAGAAGAUCUGCAAAGAGGAGUGGGACAAAAUCCCUCCUGAGUUGUGUGCAAACCUGGUGGCCAACUACAAGAAACGUCUGACCUCUGUGAUUGCCAACAAGGGUUUUGCCACCAAGUACUAAGUCAUGUUUUGCAGAGGGGUCAAAUACUUAUUUCCCUCAUUUAAAAUGCAAAUCAAUUUAUAACAUGUUUGAAAUGCGUUUUCCUGGAUUUUUUGUUGUUGUUAUUCUGUUUCUCACUGUUCAAAUAAACCUACCAUUAAAAGUAUAGAUUGAUCAUUUCUUUGUCAGUGGGCAAACGUACAAAAUCAGCAGGGGAUCAAAUACUUUUUUCCCUCACUGUACCUAUGUCUGUGUGUAUGAGUGUGUGUACAAUAGUUGAUGAUGGCAGGAGCAGUGAUUCUUCCCGUUCCCUUGCCCCCUCAGCUGCUGUGUGGGCUCUCUCACUCCCUCUCUCCCUCCACCUCUCGCUCUCCUCCCCUCAGCUCCAUUUCCUGUUGAUUGUCCUGACAUGCCUGUGUUUGUGCCUGUGGUUGAGUGGACGUUGAAAUCAAAUAAACAACAAAAAAUGGUCACAUGCUUAGUAAACAACAGGUGUAGACUAACAGAGAAAUGCUUACUUACAGGUCCUUUACUAACCAUGCAGAGUUAAAGAUGAAGAUAGAAAAAGAUAGAUAUAGAAACCAGGGUUGUUACCACUGGCAGUGGUCUAAGGGCUAGGUUGAGUGCAAUAGAGCAGGUUAGCAGCUCGGUGGCGUCAGUGACAACAAAGGGGCAACAGUAGCAGGUGAUAAGGAUAUGCUAAGAUCCAGAGUUGGGAUCAUUCCAUUUCAAUUAAUCUCAGUUCAAUUGGACAAGGCAUUUUUUCACAGUAGUGGCUUGAGUUGUCUGGAGUUGAUACGGAAUGAACCCCAACACUGCCUGGGUCCAACUGGGUGAUGUGAAUAUAGGUCAGAGGUAAUCUACAUCCCAAAUGGCACCCUAUUCCCUAUAUAGUGCACUACUUUUGACCAGAGUAGUGCACUAUACAGGGAAUAGGGUGCCAUUUGGGAAGCAGACUUUGUGUUGAUGUUACUUCUGUUUGGGGGGUAAGCUGUAGCUAAUGACCAUGUGACCACGCCUAGUGGCCCUGCAGGAAGUAAUCAGAGAAAGCAGGUCAGAUGACAGAGAUAGGCUACAUCUCAAUAAUCUGAAAUGGCUUCUUUUUCUGGUCUACUUUCCUCCAUGUUGCUGUCUGUUAUCGCUGGUUUUCAUAUCAGUGCAGAUGAAGUAGGAAAGGUGAGGAGAAAAAGCAAGUUUAGGCUUUUGAGUUGCACCCACUUUGUGAAUAUUUAAAGUAUAUACAGUGUAUAUACUGCCAAGGCUACAAAGACCCACAAUCUAUUUCUGGAGGUGGUCUUCAAGUUCACACAAUGUCUCUGGUCGGUUUGUGUUUGAUUUUUGUGUGUGUGUUUUGUUUGUGUGUGUGUGUGUGUCCUCAGCUUUAAGACUAUCAUCCAGUACAUUGAUAACCAGUUUGAGCGUUACCUUCAUGACGAGAGUGGCCUAAACCGCAGGCACAUCGUAGACAACAGAGUCCACUGCUGCUUCUACUUCAUCUCUCUUUUUGGACACGGGUAACACACACACACACACACACACACACACAGCUACUUCUUACCACUAUUUAGACUGGGUAGUGGGAACAUAAUCACUUUAUAUUUAUCUGUAUUAUAUUUCUACCUGUCCCUGUAUCUGUCCAGUCUGAAGCCUCUGGAUGUGGAGUUCAUGAAGGCCAUUCACAGCAAGGUCAACAUCGUCCCUGUCAUCGCUAAGGCUGACACACUCACACUGAAAGAGAGAGACCGCCUUAAAAGGAGGGUGAGUGGGGCACACACGUAUAAGUACACCACAUAUUCAAUAGUUUUCCCUCAUUCCCUUACGUUAAAAUCUCUUUUUAAAUACUGGUGUAAAAACAUAGUCACUAAGAUCAUGAUAGAACCAGUGGAAUGUGAGAUGAGGCUGUUGCCUGGAUGUUGUGAGCUGCAUCAGCAUCACUAGCUGUUCUUGUUUGUGUCCUGAGCCAUAUGGUACUGUCAUCAGAACGUAGAUUAUAGAAUAAUAAUCAGAGGCAGCUAUCCAAGUCGGACAUCGUGAUUGUGUGUGAAUACGCACACAUCUGGCCUGUUUGUGUGCGUGUGUACAUUUUUGAUGAUGCAGCUUGAUUGCUGCUGGACAAAAGCAGGCUUCUUUAGAAGUGCAGAGAGAGAAAAGAAAGGACGAGACAGGGAAAGAGAGAGGGGGAAAGACAAAAGAGGGAGAGGGAGAAAGAGAAAGCACACAUCUUGGUCAGUAUCUCCUCCCAGAUGCUUCCUAUUGGAGCAGACCCAGGUGUCUGCCUGCCUGCACGCUCCCUGCUUUCUGAUGUCUGGUCUGACAUAACAUACACAUACACACACACGCCCUUGUCCAACCCUUUGUGUUAUUGUAGUCAGGUUACACUCUGGGCUCCCUUUCAUCUCACAUGCAUUAGACCCUGUAAUGCACGCGCGCACACACACACACACACACCAGGAGAGGUGUGUUAAGAUUUCACUUUAAUAACUCUACCUACAUGUACAUUUUAUCUCAAUUACCUCGACUAACCGGUGCCCCCGCACAUUGACUCUGUACCGGUACCCCCUGUAUAUAGCCUCGCUACUGUUAUUUUACUGCUGCCCUUUCAUAAUUUUUUAUUUUUUUUAAUGUAUUUUUAUUUUUAGGUAUUCUUUCUUAAAACUGCAUUGUUGGUUAAGGGCUUGUAAGUAAGCAUUUCACUGUAAGGUCUACACCUGUUGUAUUCGGCGCAUGUGACAAAUCAAAUUUGAUUUGAUUAAGAUGAUAUAGCCCAUGCUAGGAAGAGGAGAAUAAGGUUGUGUAAAUAGGAUUUCCUGCUUCUGUGAUAUCACUCCCCAACUCCGCUCAUCCCCCUCUCCUCCACCCCCUCCACCCACCCAGCCCACCCAACAAUGGUCCUGUUGCCUGAUGAUUAGAUGUUUUGGUUUCUGCUCCUUUUGAUUCUGUGUGUUUGAGUCACAGUUUGUUUAAAUUUCUCUCUGGGAUCAAACAGUGCCUUUCUCUCUGUGGUGGGAGAGAUAGCAACCAGAUCCGGACAGGGCUGACUCGUUGUGUGUGUGCGUGCAUCUUAUAUAAUCCUCUGGUGACAUCCACCCAAUAUAAUCAACAGUGAAUAUCUUAUUGUCUAACUUCUGCCCUCUGCCCCUUUGUUUUGCCUGAGCUGUGUAGUUAGCUGUACUGCAACUACUGUGUACUGUAUUUCCCCUCCCUAACCCCUGUACUGACAGUCCAGUCCCAGCUAGUAGUCUAUGUUCAGUCCCAGAACCCCCACCAGCACUUCUUUCAUACCCCAGAGACGUUGGUCUUUUCCCCCAGUGGGGAGGCCUCUGCCCCAGCCUGUAUGUGGCCGGAGUGGGACCUGGCUGGCACUCAGGGCUGGAACGGCUCUCCUAGCUGGGCUCCGGUGGAGGAUGGCAGACUCAGUCACUGGACAGCUGCUUUGUUGGAAGCCCAG